GGGCUUGUUAUGGCUGUCUAGCAAACAAGUUCCGCGAUUAUGAAGCCAAGAAAGUCGUUGAAGCCAUGCUUAAAAUGAGUAAUGAUUUAGCCGGUGAGGAAGUCUUUUAUAGUGGAUUUUUAAAAGAAUUGGAUGAGCAAAAACCCUGA